GUGAUUUCUAACUAGCAAAAGAAUGUAUAAGAAAACUUUAAUAGCCACUAUUCUAGUGGCCUUUAUCUGUGUUCAAUUUGCCUCAUCACUCACCUGUUAUACCUGCGUAACCGAGGCAGAUUGCAAAAAACCAAAGAAGACAACCUGCACGAAUCAAGCUGCCAAUGAGACAAGCAGUCAUUUGGCUGUCUAUCACCAGAAUGUUGCCAAUAUUACAAGUAGCUCACGAUUUGAUUGUUUAGCCUUGAAAUACACAUAUAUGAACAAUACUGUUCAUCGUCUUCACGGCUGCAUUCAUCCCACUGUGAAUGCCUGUAAUCUCGCCCUAAAACCUGCCUAUGCCACUUGGAAUAAGACCUGGUGCAGCGUGUGUUCCGGUAAUAAGUGCAACAAAAAUCCAGCCGGUAAAAUGAGCAACAGUUUUUACACCAUUCUGACUGCAACUGUGGGUCUUGUUUUAGCCAAAAUGUAUGCUUAAUAACACAAAGCAUUUCCCUUUGAAUACUUAGGUUAAAAAAAUAAAAAUAAAAUUAUUUUUACACAAA